CUGGAAGGGGGCGGGAGCGAAGCGGCUGUCGCCCUGGGAGACGGUCCGAGGGACAAAGCCGGAAGCGAGGUGUUAAAGGCGAGGGCGGGGCGCGCGGCGGCUCAUUCGGGGAGCGGGAGGCGGCGGAGGCGGAGAAGGCGGAGGAGCUCUUUGGGCGGCGCCGGACCAUGGGCUGCUUCUUCUCCAAGCGGCGGAAGCAGGCCAAGGAGCCGAAGAGCGGGGACCGGGGCGACGCGGCAUCCCCGGAGGAGAGGGAGAGGAAGGACGGGGAGGAGGAGGCGGUCAACGCCGCCUCAGAGAAGCAGCCGCAGUACAGCUGGGACCAGCGGGCCAAGAUUGAUCCUAAAGACUACAUGUUUUCUGGACUGAAAGAUGAAACAGUCGGACGUUUACCUGGGAAAGUUGCAGGCCAACAGUUUGUGAUUCAGGACUGUGAAAACUGCAAUAUUUACAUCUUUGACCAUUCAGCUACAAUUACUAUUGAUGACUGUACAGGCUGCCGAAUUUUUUUGGGACCUGUCAAAGGCAGUGUGUUCUUCCGUGACUGCAAGGAUUGCAAAUGUGUAGUGGCUUGUCAACAGUUUCGCACUCGGGACUGUAGAAAGAUGGAAGUGUUUCUGUGCUGUGCCACCCAACCCAUUAUCGAAUCAUCUACGGGUAUGAAGUUUGGGUGCUUCCAGUACUAUUAUCCAGAGCUGGCUUUGCAGAUGAAGGAUGCAGGACUGAGCAUCUUUAACAACACAUGGAGCAAUAUCCAUGACUUCACACCUGUUUCAGGGGAGAACAACUGGGGUCUUCUAGGAGAAGAUGUCUCAGUUCAGGAGUGUGUACCAUUGCCAACUGUGGAAGAAUUGAAGGGUGUCAGGAUCUCAACUGAUGGCAACAAAAGCAUUAUUCCAGUGACACAGGGGAGACGUCAGAAACACAGCGAGGAGUCCUGCCUUGUGGUAUUCUUUGCUGGGGAUUAUACCACUGCCAAUGCUAGGAAGUUGAUUGAUGAGAUGACUGGCAAAGGUUUUGGGCUAGUGCAGACCAAAGAAGUUCCAAUGAAAGCGGAUGAUGCUCACCGUGUGUUCCAGCAAAGAGCACCUGAAUUUCUCCCUUUACUUGAAAAAGGUCCUGUUGUUGCUCUGGAGUUCAAUGGAGAUGGUACGAUAGCAGCCUGCCAGGAUAUUGUUGCAAAUGUCUUCAGUGGAGCUAAGGUUUUUGUAUCUGAGGACAAGUCAUCUGCUUCCAGGGAAGUAGACAACUUCUAUAACUUUGCUGAUAUGCAGAUGGGAAUGUGAACCCAAGCAUCUCAUUGAGAAGUAAUUCCCUUGACCAUUGAAAUAUGCAUUAGGUUUGUAUGCAGUCUGAAUUAGUAGUCACAUGUUUUAAAAGGAACGAAUUGAUUAUUUUCCUCACAAAAUGAAGAAAAAGGGAAAACAUUUAUAAUAGUACAUACCAGCCAAUUCAAAUACUUUUACAAAAACCAAUUGAACAUUUUUUUUGUUUCCCAAAGAUUUUGGAAUUUUAGCUUGAUGUUGUUUUGCAGUCUUGUACAUAUUGAUUACAUGUAUUGGUUGGUGUGCUUUUGUAUUACAUUGCUUUCUUUUUGCAUUUUAUCUGGAUGUAUUGUUUUGCAACAGUAAUGUACAGCUUUCCUGUUCAUUCCUGUUUAUCUUUCUUAUAUGUGUGUAUGUGCAUACAGAAAUAAUCCAGAUUGUAUGCCUUUCAGAAUCCACUGUUUUGUUUAUUUUAUCAUAAAGAACCAGGUACAUUUGGUGGUGCUAUUAUAUGCAUAAAUAAUAAUCAUUGUCAUUGUUACCAUCAUCGUCUUUAACGCAGCUGGUGAUUUCUUUUACUUCCUUUUUCAUAUGGUUCCAACAUCUGAAAGAUUUCCAUCAAAUAUUCUAAUAAUUUUGUUUGCCUACAAAUCUCAGAAGGCUAGUACACAUGGACAUUAAUUUUGUCAAGUUGCAAUCAAUUUGCAAAUAAAAUUAAGUUUACCUUUUAUAGCUGAUAUGCUUUUGACAAGAUGAUAUAGAUAUCAUCUUAUCAAAAACACUCAUUUCACAAUGGAAAGUCACAAUUGAAAAAGGGUUUAUUAACCUUUUAGGGGAUGAUUCUACUUUUUUAUUGACAGAGUUUUUUAAAAAAACACCUCAGAUGGUUUAACAUUUUUGUCAAGUCUCAUGAUGAUUCAGUAUUUUAUCAUGUAGCAACUUUGAUAGUUCAGUUAUACUUGGUCUGAUGAGCAGCUUCAAAAGUCAGAUUUCUGGUUGGAUCUAGUAGUAUUUCAGCUUCUGGUGCAGGCGUCCAGUUCAGAGACUUUGUCUUUUCUUGUUGAUACAUUUGAGAGCUUAUUGCAUUGGAUGUCUACCCUGAUUUAUUAUAUUCAAAAGGAGCAAGGUUUGUAGAUAUGACAGAGGCUUGCAUUUCUGAAUUCCUCUUUUUGUAAGAAACAAAAUAUCAGCUUGUUUCCAGAUAUCUAAAUUCUCCCUGAAAUUUUUGAGAAGAUUAAUCACUUCAUUUCCUUUUCUUAGUGUCAUUGUAAACUUAAAAUUAUGCAAAUUACAGUCUCAGAUGUAAGUAGUUAAUGCUGGACUCUCAGCUUGUUCAGAAUGUUAAAAUAAAGGUUACCAAAAUUGGAUGUUAAUUUGAUAGUGUAUAAUCAGUCUGACCUAUGAUGACUGCAACAGAUAUUGUAGCUACACUGAACAGAUUUAAGCAAAAUUGAGUAAAUACAAUACUCAACAAGGACUGUAACUGUGUUGAAGUCUGUAGAAAUUGUGGUGUCAUAUAAAAUUGUAUAACUAUCCAUUUAUUUUCUGCAGUCUCAAAAUAUGUGCUUGUAUGUGCUAUUUGUAAAUAAGGGUUUCUUUCUUGUAGUACUUUAAUGCUGGAUAAAUACCAUAGGGUUUUUACUUUUAUAAGAGAAUGUCUCUUUAAUGUGUACUGAGCGCCAAUUUCUCCAAUCAGUGAAGGUUUUAUAUUACAUUUCUUUAUUUCUUUUUAUACUUUUAAAAUGGAAGGAAUUUAUAUAGUCUCUGAAUAUGUGUGAAUUAAAUACCCUUACCUAACAUUGGUUGUUGUUAAUGUAAAACUGCUUAGUUACAUUUUUGGGGUAUCAUAUGCCAGUAAGUGCUUUUAUCAGGGUUUUGUACGUUAUGCUUUUUAUAUACAGCUUGUCUAGCACUUGUGAAAUGUGGUUUAUAAUAAAUAUUUAAAUGAAAA